AUGGACAGUGUAUCCGUGGGCUGGCUUAGGAACCUGACCAAGGAUGAGAAGAACAAGAUGGAGAUCCGCGUCGCCGAGAUUAUCUCUCAUGCCAGUGUAAAAUUCAGUUGUGCCACCGACUACCUCAAAGACUUCGUGGUCAACGCCUUGACGAAGCAUAGUGGACGACUCGAACCCCCGGCUCACUUGAAAUUGUCGGAUGAGGAACGCAAGUCUUAUAUCUGCCAACGAAAGGAUGAGAUAUACAAUUCAAGAGGUGAUACUUUCAAGUCUCUGCUUGAACCCAUCGGAACUGCAUCUGUGGCUCAGGCAACCGGUGCGGAGGCUGUACAAGGGCUUAUUACGCCUGUAGUCUCGCAUCCUGACGCUUUCGACUUGAUGCCACCGGAGACUUAUGCGGAUGAGGAUGCUAUGACUGAUACAGGACGUACUGACAACGAUGAUCCGAUUGAAGAUGCAUUCAGAACCGUACUGAACGCUGAGGUACAAGAUGAAGGUGAUGAACUGGACGAUGACGUCGUAGUUUGGGAUCCAAGGGCUUCCACUUCGCCGGCGGGAGUGGUAUCGGCCCUGCCGACGACACCUGUAUUGCCACCAAGCAUGAUAAAUGGUAACUUUAUCAGCCCCAGUGCAUCCUCUAUUGUGUCCCCAGACCGCACGGCCCCGCCAUUGCCACCUUCUGCCUUCACAGAAAUGACAGCUCAAGAUUUAUUAAGCAGUUUCUCCAAAGCUGGUGGUGACAUUGCACGAUCCCCCGCCGUCAGCCUAUUGCACCCCCGUCUAAAUUUCUUUUCGGCUCUGGGCCCUCGAACAUAUGGUCAACAGCUCUUGAUCAGAACCCGCCAAAUCUUAGUCCCAGGCCUGUAUAUAGUGCCGAGCACAAUGUAUCGACGCCAAACAACCGCGUUAUACACCCCUCUAACCGACCAACGCAGGUCGUCAAUGCUCAGAAGUUCAUCUAUUGAUGGGGAAAUACUUGAGACAGCGGAAAAGUUGAAGACACUCUCGGAGUAA